AUGCCAUUUCCAACUAUCCAAAUUCAAACCUUCAUUCAAUUUCACUCUCUGUACCACUUUCUCUCUCUCAAGUUUUCUCUUUCUUUUCUCGGGAAAAAUGUAAGUGUUGUAGAAAAUUCCGGUUUCUCGGGAAAAUUUGGGAAGAAAGUACUGAAGAAAUCUUUUGCUUUGAUCGAUCGAAAAUUUCUUCCAUUGCCGAUUACUGGAAUUUUGUUUUGAAGAGUUUAGCUUCUUGUGGUUUUUCGUAUUCCAGAUUCUGGGAUGUUUUCUUUCAGCAAUCGAAAUUAGAUUUUUUGUUUCAAGUCAAGAACAUAAACCACCAAUUUUGGGUUCUCUCCAAUGCGAUUGACUACUGUAGAUUUGAUUGUUAAAAAACUUUUCCAGAAUGAAGCCGGAGACUACAUUUUAUGUACUUUUAGAGUUUGAGGUCUGUAGAUCGAUUGUGAUUAGUCACUAGGAUUGAUUGGUUUAGGAUUUGGAGGAUCAAUGAUGUCGAUUGCAAGAGUAGCUCUAACUCCAGGAUAUGAAGAGUCUUUGGAUUAUCCUGGUCAUUUCAGCGGUAGCAAUGACAUAAGCUCCACUGAGUCAAUCUUGAUUUACCUUACUGUUGCUGGUUCUGUGAUUCCCAUGCGUAUUAUGGAGUCUGAUUCUAUUGCGUCAGUGAAGCUUAGAAUCCAGGCUUUUAAAGGAUUUUUUGUAAAGAAACAAAAACUAGUGUUUGAAGGAAGAGAACUGGCUCGGAACAAUUCUUGUAUACGAGACUAUGGAGUGUCUGAUGGACAUAUGGUUCAUUUGAUGCUAAGGCUUUCAGAUCUGCAAGCUAUUACUGUUAGUACUGCAUGUGGGAAGGAGUUUGAGUUCCAUGUUGAGAGGAAUCGAAAUGUGGCUUAUGUAAAAGAGCAAAUUUCUAAGAAAGGGGAAGGGUUUCUAACUUUUAAAGAUCAAGAACUGUUAUGCAAUGGUGAGGAGCUUGAAGAUCAGAGACUCAUCAAUGAUAUUUGCAAAAAUAGCGGUGCCAUGAUUCACCUGCUGAUUAGGAAAUCUGCCAAAGUAACAGCCAACUCUAUUGGAAAGAAUUUUGAAGUGUCUAUUGAGGCAUCAGAUAUAGGUGAGAAGAGGUCUGAUUUAGUGAACAAAUUGAGCACAAAGUUUGCAAGGCAGCAGAUUGUAGAGAAAAACUCAUUACAGAGAGAUUUCCUUUUGGAACCUCUAAUUGUAAAUUCUGUUGUUGAACUGCCACUAAUUGAAGAGCUGCUUAACUCCACUUUUGAUGGGUUAGCAAAAGGGAAUGACCCCAUUCGGUCUUCAGAUGGGUGUGGAGGAGCUUAUUUCAUGCAAGAUUCAUCUGGUGUAAACUACGUAUCUGUUUUUAAGCCAAUUGAUGAAGAGCCAAUGGCUGCGAAGAACCCACGUGGUUUGCCCUUAUCUCUGGAUGGUGUAGGCUUGAAGAAAGGAACACGGGUGGGAGAAGGAGCAUUGAGGGAAGUUGCUGCAUACAUUUUGGAUCAUCCAAUGGAUGGACCUCGCACAUUGUACAAUGAGAAGGGAUUUGCUGGUGUGCCUCUCACUGUUAUGGUCAAGUGCUUGCAUAAAGGAUUCAAUCAUCCAGAUGGCUAUGAGUAUGGUCAUCCUAAGAAUGUAAAGAUUGGGUCCCUGCAGAUGUUUGUGAAGAAUGACGGAAGUUGUGAGGAUAUGGGUCCUCAGGCCUUCCCAGUGAACGAGGUUCAUAAAAUUUCUGUGUUGGACAUAAGAUUGGCAAAUGCAGAUAGGCAUGCUGGAAACAUACUGAUUCAGAAAGAUGGUGGAGGCCCGAUUGUGCUUAUUCCAAUUGAUCAUGGAUACUGCUUGCCCGAGAAUUUUGAAGAUUGCACUUUUGACUGGCUCUACUGGCCCCAAGCUCACCAACCUUACUCUCCUGACACAAUCAACUACAUCAAAUCGCUAGACGCAACGCGCGAUAUUGAACUUCUCAAGUCUCAUGGGUGGGAACUCCCGCCCGAGUGUGCUCGAAACCUUCGAAUCUCGACCAUGCUUCUGAAGAAAGGAGCGGAGAGAGGGCUGACUCCCUUUGCAAUUGGAAGCAUCAUGUGCAGGGAAACCUUAAAGAAGGAGUCUAUGAUCGAAGAGAUCAUUCAAGAGGCAAAUGAAGCUGAGCUCCCAGGAACUAGCGAAGAAGCAUUUCUGGAGACCAUUUCGUCGAUUAUGGAUAGAUGCCUUGACGAGUUAUCUAAAGAAGGCCACGUUGUUAAUACUUAGGCAUAUAUAUACGUAUAUAUACAUGACUAUGCUGUUGUUGUUUUUGUUGCUGGACAUUUGUUACUCUUAAGGGGCUUGUAGAGUUUAGUAUAUACUAAUAUGCUUUAUUAGUAUUCAUAACUUGACAACUUGUGCUGUGUCCCAGACUGGCAACCUUUAUUUUGGUCCAUGCAUAGUUCAGAGAACUUGAAAAUAAUAUACAAGGUGACCUAUAGGAAGUGCCUUUGAGCAUUUCUUGUCAAGUUUGCCAAGUAACACAAUAUAUAAUAUUGGAUUUGAUUUGAUUAUUUA